UAGUGCAUGCCGGGAGGGGGCGGUACUGAGCCGGCACUGCCUUUAAAUCUGCGCGUCAUACAACGGCCGGAGCCGAGUGGUAGUGUGGAGGAAAGACGACGAGUUCAGGAUUUGUAAUGGCAGAAAAUGGUGAUAAAGAACAAGCGUCCGAUCUGGACACAAAGAUCUGUCAGCAGAUUGAGUACUACUUUGGCGAUCAUAACCUUCCACGAGACAAAUUCCUAAAGGAACAGAUUUCCCUUGAUGAUGGCUGGGUGCCUCUGGAAACUAUGAUCAAGUUUAACAGGUUAAACAAAUUGACGACUGAUUUUGGAAUAAUUUUGGGGGCACUUAAAAAAUCCAAGUCGGGCCUGCUGGAAAUUGAUGAAGAAAAAUCCAAAAUUAGAAGAAAUCCCAGCAAACCUUUGCCAGAAGCCACAGAAGAGUACAGAAACACUGUUAAGAAUAAAUCGGUUUACAUUAAAGGCUUUCAGCUGGACACAUCCCUUGAUGAAAUAAAGGGAUGGUUGGAAGACAAGGGUCCCAUUGAGAACAUCCAAAUGAGGCGAGCACUCGAUAAGACCUUCAAGGGCUCAGUCUUUAUUGUAUUUGAGACAGAAGAUGCUGCCAAGAAAUUCUUGGAGAAAAAAGACCUUAAAUAUAAAGACUCUGAUAUGAUCAUAUUAUCCAAGGAAGAAUAUUUUUCAAAGAGGAGUGAAGAAAGGAAGCAGAAGCAGUCGGAGUCAAAAGCAAAAAACAAGCAGGAGAAGGCAGAUGCCCAGAAACAAGCCGAAGAUGCUGAAAUGAAAACCUUGGAAGAACAGACUGGCUGCCUCUUAAAAUUCUCAGGAGACUUGGACAAUAUGACUUCCAGAGAAGAUCUUCAUGACUUAUUUCAAGAUCACGGUGAAAUAAAGUGGAUUGACUUCAGUAGGGGUGCUAAGGAGGGAAUUAUCCUGUUUAAGAGUAAUGCAAAGGAAGCCUUGGAGAAGGCCAAGGCAGCAAAUAAAGACAACUUACAGUUGAAAGGAAAGGAUGUAACUUGGGAGCUUCUAGAGGGUGAUGUAGAGAUGGCUGCACUGAAGAAAAUCAUGGAAGCCCAACAAGAAAGCUACAAUAAGUGGAAAGGCCCUAAAGGUGGUAAGAAAUUUAAAGGCAAAGGAAGGGGAGGUAAAGGAAAUGACAGUUCAUCCAGGAAGAGAAUCCAGUACCAAGGAAAGAAAAAGAAGUUUGAAAGCAGUGAUGAAGAGGACGCAGAAGAAGGAACAGGUGAUGCCAGGAAUGGAAGUCCCAAGAAGAGGCAGCUGGAGGAGAAAUCCCCUGAAGCACCAGUGGCAAAGCAACAGAAGACUGCAGAAGACCAGUAACUCUGCCUGGGGUUUUAGAUGUGUUUUUAUAACAAAAAAUAAAAUUCCAAAAAAUAGCGAAUGCAUAUUUUAAGUCUACAGAUGCUGAAUGUCAGUCGAGUGAGAAUCUGAUGAAAUCCACAUUUAUGUCAACCUGCAACGAUUUUUUUAUUUUGGUUACUUUUUGAGUCAUUGAAUGAAUGGCACUUGUAAAAUUUGCUAACUGAAACUUUAUAUUUAUGUUAAUACAAACACUUUUUUGUUUGUUUAAUACAGGUUAGUAACUCUUCUGGGAAGUAUGUACUUUGACACCUUACAUGUAAUAUAUUCAAUAAAAAGUAGAUUGUACUUGG